UCAUUUAAAAACAGAGAACCAGACUUAUUACAACACGUAUACAAAUUCGUGCACGAGCAAAACAAACAUCGCAAGACGGCUCGCGAAAACUGCAAAAGAGGACAUGAAAUCGCUAGAAAAACGGCCAAUUUUACGGCCAGAUUUCUCCAGAGGGAGAAUUGAACUUGCCCAUCCUCUACGAUGACUCUCUUGGCGGUGGUUAGCCGGCUCAUCCGCAACACAGUCUUCAAGUAUGAGACCGUUGCCUUUGUGAUCGCGUUGCUGUUCCUGUACAGUUUUGUCUUUCACCGCGAUUCACUACGGAGCGUGUUCAACAGGGCGCGGGUCAGCGUGCAGAACAGCCGGCUAAACGCUCUGCCGAACGGUCGGGUCUCAGGCCAAGUUGCCGCUGCGGGCUCGCUGUCGUCGGACCGGAAUGGCAAGAACAGCGGGCCUAAACAGUGGGAGUUGAGGAAGGACAAUGUGGCGGUGUAUUCAAUUCAGGGCAGGAGGCCGAGAAUGGAGGAUCGGUAUGAUUUUGUACACGACAAAAAUCAUUCAGGAGUUGCGAUGUAUGGAAUAUUUGACGGCCAUGGAGGAGCGUUUGCAGCAGAUUUCACAGAGAAGCUUCUUUCGCAGUCUGUGAUGGCGCGAGUCUUACAGGCGCUACUCAAGGAGGGUAAAGCCAAUCAUUCCCAGAUCCUCAUUGAAGAAAUCCUCUCCUUGGAUGAGAAGUUCCUCACUGUCGCACGCUCCAAUAAUGAUGUUGCAGGCACUACUGCCCUGGUGGCGCUCUUGUCCGGAAACGAGCUCACCGUAGCCAAUGUGGGAGACUCUCGCGGCGUCAUGUGUGACCACGAGGGAAGGACUGUGCCCCUCUCCUUUGACCACAAACCCCACCUCCCACAAGAGCGCAAGCGCAUCAAGAAAGCUGGCGGCUUCAUCACGUUCAAUGGCGUCUGGCGCGUGGCGGGGAUCCUCGCCACCUCCCGUGCCAUCGGCGACUACCCUCUCAAAGAUCGCAAGUUUGUCGUGGCGGACCCGGACAUUCAGACAUUUGACCUCUCGGAGUGCAAGCCGCAGUUUCUCAUCUUGGCCAGCGAUGGAUUGUGGGAUGCAUUCAGCAACGAGGAGGCCGUCAUGUACGUGAAGGAGAGAUUAGAUGAACCCCACUUCGGAGCAAAGAGUAUCGUGCUUCAGGCGUACUACCGGGGAUCCCUAGAUAACAUUACCGUAAUGGUGUUGAACUUUAAAGCAGGCGCGGCCGCUGGAAAUGCAAAUGAGAAACAGAAAGACGAGGGAGAGAUUUGAUACACCUUCACCACCAGGGAUACUUUGCCAAGGUUAAACAAGCAGAACACAGCAGGCAGGCCAUCGUCCCAAUUGCCAGAUGUAAAAAUGUCUCGCGGUGUGCCAACUCUUGGCUGGGGAAUCAAUUAAGUUCAUGUCUUCAAUACCUAGGAGAAGUAUACGAUACCCAAAGAAUUUAUCGGUUUAUGGACUUGCCAUUCAGAGCUACUCCUUAUGUUCAAUUUGAUGUGUUUGAGAUCACUAUACAAUUUUCAAUCAUGAAUUACAUGCAGGUGUGAGUGAUUGCAAGUUGUACAACCCUGGGCAAAUGCCACUGAGCGCACCAAUAUGCUGAUUGCUGGAAUCAGAUAGUGUUGCCCCCUCCCCCAACAAGUGUUGCUCCCCUGCCCACAAAAAAAUCAUCGGCUAACAUAUUGUGCAUUGUGGUGUAAGGCAUGUGUCUCGCAUCUCAGCUAAUUGAUGCAGAGCCCAAAAUGUGCUUGACUUUUUUUGUAAGUUAGAAGCUACAUAUUGAAAAACUGUUUCAAAUCAUUUCACUAUAUUAUAUAUAUUGCAAUUUUUUUUUACACUCACUUACUUCCUAAAAAAACCCACAACACAGUACAUAAGCCUUGAGGCCUACAUGAGUAAAGCUGGACCCAGAGUGCACAGAAUUGUAUUUAAUUGAUUCAGAUUGGCUUUUCACUGGAGGUCUUUUCAUGCAUGUGGUCUGCAUAAUGGGCCGGAUUUAGCCUAUUCAUUGGCAUUACGGGGUCAUUCUAUUUAAAACGUUUUUGGGCCAAUGUGAGGCUUAGGCAAGUCUAAUUCACAAGUGACAGUCAGUCAGUCAGUCAGUCAGGUACAGAGAGAGUAUAGGCCGGGCCCCUCUGGAACCAGCCAAAAAAUAACAAACAACUCAACUGUGAAAAAUCUCAUUUUAAAGAUGUCAUCCUGUAACUUUCAGGCUUCCAGUUAGGCCAAAAAAAGAGAGAAGAAAUAGUUCUGCUUCCGGUUUCCCUAUCUACAUGUACCCUAUUUUGACAGCCCCUACCCUAAUUUCUUUUGGAAAAAUGAGGAAAAAACACCCAAA